GCCCAGGCAAGCUACUGGUCCCCAGCUGCACUAGACAAACUUCAACACAAUGGUGUUCGCAUUUUGGAAGGUCUUUCUGAUCCUAAACUGCCUUGCAGGUCAAGCUAGUGGGGUGCAAGUGACCAUCCCAAACAGUGUCAUGAAUGUGACUGUUGGAUCUAAUGUCACUCUCAUCUGCACCUACACCAGCACUGUGGCCUCCCGGGACAAUCUUUCCAUCCAGUGGUCCUUCUCCAAUGAAAAGGAGUUACGUCCAGUUACUCACAACUGGUGCCUCAAUAAUGAGGCUGUGGAGGAAAAGGCAGUCAGUCAGUGUCUAAAAAUGGCGCAUGCAAGAGAUGCUCGGGGAAGAUGUAGCUGGACCUCUCAGAUUUACUAUUCUGAAGGUGGACAAGCUGCAUCCAGUGGGCGAUUUAAGGAUCGAAUUGUGGUGUCCAAUGAGCCAGAUAAUGCAUCCAUCACUAUUUUUCAUAUACAACCAGCAGACAGUGGAACCUACACCUGCAAUGUUAACAACCCCCCAGAUUUUGAUGGCAACAAUCAAGGCAUUCUCACAGUCAGUGUGUUAGAUUUAGAGGACAAUGGAAGUUUUGAUCCUGACUCUCAGCUUAGCAGGUCCUGUGUGCAGGCCUUCAGAAGUCCUGAAGGGAAGGAUGAAAGGGCUCUAAACCCUCACCAACUAGCCAGUUGA